AUGACUGAUACUCGAGAUCAAGCAGAGCCUGGUAUGAAAACCACGACCACCAGCCUCCCACCUGCAUCUGCGGUAUCUUUAUCAAACAGUGCGGAUCAGGUCCAACCCGAGUCGAGCACCCCCACUGUUGCAUCAUUGUCCCUGAGUCGAUCUCCAGAGCAAGUCGCCGUAUUUGCAGAGCAUGCAGCUCGUCGAGAAGGCAAUGCUUCACCCACAGAUACUCAUGCCAAGCCAAAUGUGACGCAGCCCACCCCUAAAGAAGUCCGUGCUACCACAGCCACCAACAUCAAGACCGCCAACACCAUCCCAGAUCCAGCCGUCUCGCUAUCCACCUCUAGACCCAACAUGCUGCCACCACCUAAACUCAGUACGGCUGCCUCUUCUUUCAUCAAUCCUACACCUACAUUGACUCCCGGCUCGACAUGGGGCCCCUCCGCCGCUUCAGCAGCAGCCGCUCGCGCCGAAGCUGCCGAGCCCGGAAGGAUUGGCGAUCUCAAACGUUUCACUCUAUGGGAGACAAAGACUCGCUUCUAUCUCGUCGCUUACAACACCAGUCAGACCAGAUUUCGAAUCCUCAAGGUCGACCGAACACCGCCGAGCGCAAGCUUGCCUUCACGCGCCAAUGUCGACUACGAACGCACCCGCGAUCACAACGUCAGCACCAUCAAUGGCGCCCAACCCAGCCAGCCAGCCACGCCAUCCGCCAUCAGCGUGAAUUCAUCGGCAGCACUACAACCUCCGGCCAAAUCUGUCGACGCCAAAGCCGAUGUCGGCAAAGUGACCAGAGUCAAUACACCAGCAAGCACGGCUGACUGCUCAGUCCAUGGGCAACGCUACCUCUCGCUAGACGACCCUCAAAUUUGCAGGCUAAACCGACGCAUGCUUGAUGCUAAACAAAUUCCCCGCGAUGCUGGAACAGCAUCCGCUGCUACUGCAGCUGCGCCUUCCACCAAACCCGCUACUGGGGCAUCAUCUUCCAAGCUGACAGCUACGCCCAACUCAGGUGCUGAUGCCAAUCCCAACACCGCAGCAGGUAUAUCAACACCAAAACUAGGCGAGCCAAGUCCAACUCAGAAAGCUGCUGGUUCAACAUCCAAAGCUGCACCAGCUGACUGGGAACUCAACGUUACCUCUGACCGUGUUGUCUACUCACGAACCCAGCUCGCUGAGCUCCUCGAAAUGAUCCGCGAGGGUAAUCGUGCCACUGGCGGUCUUCACGAAGUUGGCCGGUUCUUUGGCAUUGUCGGCUUCAUCCGGUUCACAAGCACCUACUACAUGGUGCUGAUCAGUCGUCGCAGCGUAGUCGCCCUCAUUGGCGGCCAUUACAUAUACCACUGUGACGAGACGGUCAUCCUACCAGUCUGUCAUGCAUCUGUGCUCGCCUCGCUCCCAGGUCGAACAAAGCUAGUAGAGCAAGAGGAGGCACGCCUGCUCCACCUCUUCAAGCAGGUCGAUCUCAGCAAAAACUUUUAUUUUAGCUACACUUACGACUUGACCAAGACACUCCAAGACAAUCUCACCUCGUCUCCUGGCGAUCCUCUGGAACAAGCCAGCUCCGUUUCUCCUUCCAAUAAACCUCUUACAGCGUGGGGAUACAAUGAAAAGUUCAUCUGGAACCACUACCUGCUACUCCCAGCUUUUGCCGCCUCGGAGCACCUACAACCCCACGAGGAUCCACGAAACGAGUGGGUGCUUCCACUCGUCUACGGAUUUGUCGAUCAAGCCAAACUCAGCGUACUCAACCGAACCAUCUACACGACCUUGAUCGCCCGAAGAUCGCGGCAUUUCGCCGGUGCGCGCUUUCUCAAGCGAGGCAUCAACGAACGAGGUCACGUAGCUAACGACGUUGAGACAGAGCAAAUUGUCAGUGAGGCACUCACCACUCCCUUUUUUGCUCCCGGCCGCAAGCGAUUCGAGCCAAGAGACAGACAUCCUCCUCCUAAAUCAAGUGCUGUGCGAGCCGGCCCCGACCUGAUCAGAGCAAGUCGAUUGCGAGAGAAGCCGAUCUCCCCGCCUGCGUUCCCCGUGGUUGCCAGCACACAUGGAAGGAAGAACUCUAAGCGAUGUAUACAGCACAAUGCAGAAGGCGACGACGAGGUCGACGACGACGAGUGUUUUGAUUACCUCCCGCUGGACGCUUCGCCUCGCUACACGUCAUAUGUUAUGAUGAGAGGUAGUAUUCCUGUCUAUUGGACUCAAGACUCGACCAACAUGUCACCUCGUCCUCCGAUCGAAAUUUCGCUCGUAGAUCCCUACUACUCGGCUGCAGCGCUCCAUUUCGACGAGCUCUUCCACCGCUACGGCACUCCUGUUAUCGUCCUCAACUUGAUCAAAAGCAAAGAGAAGCAAGAGCGCGAGGGCAAACUCCUGCGAGCUUUUACAGAAUGCAUCAGCUACCUCAACCAGUUCUUGCCGUCUGACAAGAAGAUCCGCUACAUUGCAUGGGACAUGAGUCGAGCCAGUAAAGAUCACGGCCAAGACGUCAUUGGUAUUCUCGAAGAUAUUGCUCAGGAAACUCUCGAUACCACUCACUUCUUCCACUCUGGUCCCGAACCUGGCGCCGUGCGGUCCCAAGUGAGUGCCCAAAGCAAUCUCCCAGCUCGAAGAGAGACUGUCCUGCUGCAAGAAGGUGUCGCGAGGGUCAAUUGCGUCGACUGCCUGGACAGGACCAACGCGGCCCAGUUCAUCAUUGGUAAAGCAGCUUUCGGUCGCCAACUACAUGCUCUUGGGCUGUUGGAUGACCCCUCACUACCCUUUGACUCGGAUGCAGUCAAUAUGCUUACUGAAAUGUACCACGACCUCGGUGACACCAUUGCCAUGCAGUAUGGAGGGUCUGCCCUGGCCCAUACUACGGACACCUACAGGAAGAUCAACCAAUGGACUUCUCACUCGCGCGACGUACUUGAAAGUAUGAAGCGGUACUACGCGAAUUCGUUCGCCGACGCCGACAAGCAAGCUGCCAUCAACUUAUUCCUCGGCGUGGACCCUUCGGCUCCCGAUUUCUCGCCGCAUGUCUUCCCCGAGAUCAUCGUGAUGCCCUCUGCAGGAACGGCACGCGGCGAGCACGACGCUCGCGGGGGUGGCGCGAAAGCAGUGCGCGCUGUGCCCUUCCGGCCGCAUUAUCAAAACUGGUUUGACCCUCUCCACCUCAAGCCGCGAGGAUCAAUCGAGGCGCGCCAGCGCAGGCUCAAGGAGGUCGCCAAUGCCGAUGCAGGCUUCUGGGCCGAGUACUAUCGUCCGAGUCUCUUCACGGAUCUCAACCGUCACCAUGCGUUUAAGAUGACAGCUGUACACCAGUACUCCGACUUGCACGGCGGAGUCUCUCACACUUCGGGUGGCUUGGGAAUGCCACACAGUCAGUCUACCGGCGCCUUGAGCAUGUAUCCGACACAGAUGGGUGGUACAGGAGACCUUUCCCGUCACACCCGCUCAGCUUCCAACUCGAGCUUAUCUUCGGUAACGAUCAACUCCGUGCAAGCCGAAUUGAUGGGUGCAUAUCCUAGCCCCUUCAAGCCGCGAGGCGGAGUCGCUGAUUCUACAGCAUAUCGUCAUCCAGCACGUCGGUCAAUUGACGAUGCUCACAGCUUUUCCACGCAAUCGUCCGCGACCAUGGUCAACGAUCCUCGAAGUCCAAUUUCGCCUCAGGACGGACAACUGGUCCCCGCCUUGCCGGCAAAUUCGACGAGCACACUGCCGCCCUCCAAGGCUAUCAUCGGUGGGGUCAGACGCUGGAUCUCGAUCAACAGACCGGGAGGCUCGCCUCGUCUCGGGGGCAUGGGACAUCGCAAAUCGAAGCGCUACAGCAUCGCAUCUUCCGUUGGUGGCGAUGAUGAAAAUGGCGAUCCUCGAAGAAAUGACAGCGUAACAUCCGAUUGUAAAAGUGGUGUUCCUGGCGCUCACGCCUCUCUAUCUUCGGCAAAUGUCAAUGGCGGCUUUGACCCGCACACGUUCAACUUUGCUGGCCGAUGGCAGACUGUCAACCCGGUUGGUCCCGCGGUUGCUGGGUCCAACGUCGCGAUUGAGGCUGCGCUGACCAAGGCGUGCAAUCCACAGAUCUCGGAAGAGGAAGAGUCUGAGUAUGCUUUCUAUACGACGCAGUUUCUGAACGAAUAUGCGCGGCCAAACGACAGCGAUGACGUUGACGACAUUGUCGAUGCUACCGAUCUUGCGCGCGGACAUGCCAAACAAGCGAGGACCGUCAGAGCAGCGCUGACCGAUCACCAUCUGAUCGACGAAAAGGACAUUCAGAUUUACGAAGAAGGCGUGGCUGUCAGCGAUGGCAAGCCGGCAGCGGUGGAGCGAUUCGUAUGCUACUCUGUCAUAGACCCUGUGUUGGUCACACAUGCCAAUACUGCCAGCCAACUCGCUUUCCCUAUAGCGAAUACCGCGUAUCAGCCGAUUCCGAUGAGUGCAGCUGGCUCCACCAGCACUGCCACUGGCGCCAUACCGGCGCAACCCGCGCCAGGAGCGUCGGGCCUGACGGCGUCUGAGGCAAAGAUUCGUGCUUACAGCUCAUGGCUGUCGUUAGGUCAAACAAAGCUGACCAGCUUCUGA